CUCUUUUGUCCUGUCCUGCGCAGCAAUUCCCUAGUCUCGUCGCUACAUAGGGGGUGGGUGCCCUGUGUCGCGCGUGAGAGAUGGCGCCCUCUUCCACCAUCUCCAACAUUGUCGGCGCGCCAUUGCAGCUGGUCUGGUUUCUCUAUGACGUCGCCGCCGAGACCUCGACUCCUACUCUAUUUCUAAUCUUCGUGUCGCUCGUUGGACUUGCUUUCGGACUUAUAUACAUCGUCCUGCACAUAGUCGCGCCCAAGCCUCGCCUACCGUACCCGUCCGAGAAGACCUACAUCACCACCAACCCUGAUGGCACCAUCAGCAAGCCCCGACCACUGCCCUGCUGGUAUGACCGCUGGCACGCCGAGAGCCGUCUGAAGGAACAACCCUCUUCAACAGCCUCCUACCCUACCAUCCCCGCCGGCUUCCCCGUCCCCGACUUCGGCACCGUCGAGCCCGCCGAGGUCGAGAUUAGCGUCGUCAUCCCCGCCUACAACGAAGCCGACCGACUCAUCCCCACCCUCGAAGAAAUGGUCGCCUACCUCGACGAGAACUUUGGCCGUCCCGUCACUUCUUCCACCUCCGGCAUCAGCUCCCGUCCCACCUCCAAGGGCACCGGUACGCCCAAGCCGCACCGCAACGUCUUCAAAGACGCCUCCGCCCACAAGCGCCAGCACCCGCCUUCGGGCUACGAGAUCCUCCUAAUCAACGACGGCAGCACCGACCGCACCGUCGACGUCGCCCUCGAUUUCUCCCGCCAGCAUAACCUGCACGACAUCCUGCGCAUCGUCACUCUAGAAAAAAACCGGGGCAAGGGAGGCGGCGUCACCCACGGCCUCCGCCACGUGCGCGGCGAGUACGCCGUGUUCGCCGACGCGGACGGGGCCUCGCGCUUCGGCGACCUGGGCAAGCUGAUUGAGGGGUGCGAGGACGUGGUCGACGGGUCCAACCGGGGGGUGGCCAUCGGCAGCCGCGCGCACCUGGUCGGCAGCGAAGCCGUCGUGAAACGCUCAGCCAUCCGCAACUUCUUGAUGCGCUCGUUUCACUUUGUGCUUAUGAUCCUCACGCCGCCGGCGACGAGCCGGAUCAGGGACACGCAAUGCGGGUUUAAAUUGUUCUCCAGGGCGGCGCUGCCGCAUAUUGUGCCGUAUAUGCAUACCGAGGGGUGGAUUUUCGAUAUCGAGAUGUUGAUGCUGGCUGAGUCGGCGCCGGCGACGCCCGUGCUGGCGAGCGAUGGGAGUGUCAUUGGCACGAGCUAUGGGAUCAAAGUUGCUGAGGUGCCGAUUGGGUGGCAUGAGGUGGACGGGAGCAAGAUGAAUCUGGUCAAGGAUAGUGUCAAGAUGGCGCUUGGGUUGGCGGUGUUGAGGGCUAGUUGGAUGCUGGGAGUGUAUAGGAGACGCCUGGCUUGAUUUGGCAGUUUGAGACUGUUGCUUUGGCCACUUGAGCCGUGUUCUUUUUUCGCUUUUCCCUUGGAUUUUAUAUGAAUAUCUUGCAGUUCUUCGGUUGUCAGAUAUCUCGGUUGCUUAAUUAUUCACACCGAUGCGUUGCGUUUCAUGAGCCAGUGACCGUCCCUUUUGCAUGUUCCUUUCUUCCUCUGUUCUUG